AUGAGGGCGGGAAAGGUACGGCUUCGCACGCGUCGUGGUGGUGGUCAAGAACAGUUACCGGCACGCGUUGUGGAGUUGAUAAUUGCAGUCACACUUUGGUUCAAACCAGGCAGUCACCUCUCCUCGAUGGAAAAUGGGGUGCAAGAGCGGCAGCCUCUGCUUAGCCGCGAGUCCAUCGAGGCCACUCCCGUUUACCCCAUCAUCCAUAUGAUCAGACAGGACAUCAUAGCCUUGACCGCGCCCGACCUCACAUACACGCUUAUUCACCCGCUGCUGGAGAAAUACUGCAACAUCCAGCGGGCGCACAACAAUCUGAGCGUGGUGUUCUGUCUUCUCCUGAACCGCAUCCACUUCAUUCGGGAUGACAACAUUGUGACCUCAGCUGUGUCCGCCUCACGGGCGACCCUUUGCGAGAUUUUAGCUAUUCGCGUGCUACGGGACUUUGCCGAAAACAUGAUGGAUCUGGCUCUCAUCCUCACGACAAGUUGGCCGGUCUAUUCGGGAGCCAGUCACGAAGCCCUCGAACACGGACGCGAAGAGUUUGUGGACUUUGAUCCGGAAGAACGCGUGGGCAACGCGAUUGAAAUGGCUAUUGUCGGCAAGGCCAAACGCUUCAUCAAAAGCACUUCGUGUCAGAAGGUCAUCGACGCGAUUUGGUCUCUCAAAGUCCCGGCCAUUCGAUCUGUGCUCGAAUACAUCAACUUCCUCAUUUUGUUUGUGCUGUUCAUAAUCGCGAUCGAACAAAACGACCCGGAACGCAUUAACCUGGCUGAAGCUGACUUUGCGGGUAGAAUGGGUUCGACACGGCUUUUGGUAAGCUUCAGCAUUCACUGUCAAGCCAGGCAGUACCGAGCAAGAUUGACAGUGGCCACAUACUGCUGUUAUGCGUUUUUGAGCGUAUACGGUGUCUACUAUGACCGUCAGCACCCUCUUUCAUGCUUUGACGUUGCCGUUUACCGUCUGCCAGAUCCUGCUGCUCGGUCGACCGGUGUCGAUUGCUUGGCGCUGAUUGCAUGCAUGAUGUUUCCGCGAUUGGCCUUCGUCACUCUGAAGAACAAUCUGAUGGUCCUCAGUCUUCGAGCAAUGAUAAUGCAGUUCGCCAUCCUGAUGAUGAUUGCCGCAUUCUGCUUCUGUGGUUUUCUCUACGCAUUAUGGACACUGAGCCGCAAUCAAGCCGAAUCCCAUCCUCCGUCGACAAUAGCAUGGUGGAUGUUGGAUCUUUGGUUUGGAUUGGAUGCCAGUGGCUUCGACGAAUCUACCCAUUUUCACCCCAUCUUUGGGCCUAUCCUGAUGGUCACCUACGCGUGUUUGUCGAACACACUGCUUCUGACUGGUCCGUCUACCUUCUGGAAUUGUGCUGAACCAAGUAGAUCUUGUCGAAUACAUUCGCCACAAUCAAUGAAGAUGCAGCUGCAGAGUCAGGCCAUGUUCAGAAAGGCCGUGUCAACCAUUGAAGGCGUCAAAGCCGACUCGCUCUUUUCAUACCAACCUCCCAUCAACUUGAUCGCAUUAUGUGUUAUGUUGCCUGCGAGUUAUGUCCUUUCGCCUCGGUGGUUCCACAAGGUCAACGUUUUCAUGAUCAGGCACGCUGACGAGCUUCCCCGUACUGCUUAUGAUCGGAUUCCAUUCUCGAAGGACUUGCUGGUUCAGACAGCGACAUUGAUAUCGCGAGUUUUUGAAAUCGAGGAUGAUCUACUGGAAAGUGCUCUUGCCCGAGGUGAAGUGCCAGUCACCGCUCACCACGUAUCGAAACCUCCGCCUUCACCUCCUCACCGACCGCCCACCACGACACCUCCCAAUGGCGUGUCCCCUCCCGGUCAGCGGAAUCGUGUUGCGUCGCUCUUGCAUCGAGGGACCGAGGCUGCACAAUCGUUCACUAGUCCGCUCGCUCAGAUCUUCCAGCCCCUCGUAAUCGAUGACGGCGGGAUUCCCGAAGACGAGGCGAUUUCUCUGGGUCCUCCUGUCACACAAUCGCAAGCGCAAUCGCAUUCCUAUCCUAAUACUCUCGCACCGCCGCCAGCGGGUGUGAGCUAUGGACCGGCUUAUCGCCGGAGACUCUCUUCGAUGCAUGUUCGCGACGCCUCGGGUCGUGCUCAGCUGCAAGCCCAUGCUCGACGCUCGUCCGAAACUCCCCGCAUGAUGUUCCCGCUCUCGGAUGACCCGUUCUCUACCAGCCCUGACGAACACUCGCUUUCUGCUAGCCCCGACCAUCGCACGCCGUCCACCGGCUCUCUGCCGACGGCCGAGGACGUCGAGGAAAAUAAGGACAUGCCGAUCAUGAGGCGGCUGGACGAGAUGGAUGCCAGACAGAAAAGGAUAGAGGAAAUGCUGCAGAUCCUGGUUCGCAAGUAAUUUGACAUACAUUUACUAUAUGUAACAAGAAUACACUAAGGAUAAAUAGCAUACACGAUUCAGUAUCCUCGCCGUCGGGGCCAGCCAGAAUCCGGUUGACGGGCCUCGUUGCCUCUGGGAUGGUAGCCGUACUGGCCCUGCUGACCAUAAUGAGGGGGUGGCGGUG